CUCCAAUACGUCUGGCUUCACGCGCUAUAGAGUUCGUGUUAUUAUGAUCGGUAUGUUCUGUUAGUUUAUCCUUUCUGGCAAAGCAGUUAUAUUGAAACAGAAAAAGAGAGAGAGAGUAAACGCUGCUCCUAAGUCGUAUGCGCAAAAAUAAUUAUCUUGGGAAAAAGUUUCUUCUUUCUCUCACUGCUCAUUGGUUUGAGCUUCAGAGAUCGCACGACGCGAUACAAGCUCUACAAAUUUCAAAUCAGAGAUCUUAACUUCUACAUUCAAAUUAUUCCUUUAUCUUCUAUUUUUUCUGAGUGUAUCUGUAUGUACACAUACAUAUAAUACCAUAUAUAUACAAUAAAGCUGUGUUUGGUAGGUCAAUAAAUUGUAGUAUAUAUCCGGUCAGGAGAUAUCCCUGGUGGGGUUUUUCUGGGUUUUCGAUUUUGUCAAAUGGGUCGUUGAGUUUUUUUUUUGGUUUUAAAGGAGGUUUUGUAGAGUAAGAAACUGUCUCUCGAGGGUUGUUAAUAGCUUACUUUUUGCUAUCUUUUAUCUUCUAUUAAUGUAAUUUUUCAAUUUUGAUGAUUUCGGUGGGUAGUAUGGAUGGGAGAAAAUUGUCGGGUUUAGGGUCAGAAAUGGAAGUGAACGAACUCGAAGAAGGAGAGGCCGGCUGUUUGCUGAAUGAUGGCGACGCUUCUACCAUUGACCCUGAUAUUACUCUCUCUUACAUUGGGGAGAAACUCCAAAAUGUUCUCGGACAUUUUCAGAAAGAUUUUGAAGGUGGAGUUUCAGCUGAGAAUUUGGGGGCAAAAUUUGGCGGCUAUGGUUCAUUUUUACCAACUUAUCAACGGUCUCCUUCUUCGUCUCGUCCAAAGAGUUCACCCGAAGUUCAUAACUAUAGUGCGCCCAAAUUCCUAAACAAUCUGCAUUCGGAGGACAGUAGGGAAAACUCAUUCGCUUUGACAAGUGAUUCUCUAUCUUCAAGGCCUGGAGCAUCUUCAGGAAAGACUGCAGCCAUAUGCGAUCCUGUGAAAAGGGAUGUCUCCACCCUGUCCACACAUGCUGAAGAGGUCACUUCAAACAUCGGGCUUGUUAAGAUGUCUGGUAAUCCUUCUGAACAAAGAACUUUGAAGGUCCGAAUCAAAGUUGAUGCUGAAAAUUUGUCGACACGACAGAAUGCUGAAAUCUACAGUGGACUUGGUCUUGAUGUAUCUCCAUCAUCUUCAUUAGAUGAUAAUCCAGUAGUUAAUGAAGGUUUAUGUGGUAACAAUCAGGAUGUGCCAGACAAAUCUCCGACUAGUAUUCUUCAGAUUAUGACAUCAUUUCCUGCCCACGGGAGCCUUCUUUUAUCCCCUCUAUCCGAUGAUCUGAUUCGUCUCUUUGAAAAAGGAAAGUUUAGGGGGAAGAUCCAAUCCAAACUCGUGCAUAAAGAAACCUUGGAAAGUUCUUUGAUGUUAAUUGGUGGGUCUCUAUCUAGUAGGAGAAAUCAGAAAGUUUUAAAGAAAUGGAUGUCAUCUGAAAGGGAUGACACAUUUUCUACACAAUUCAUAAGCGAGAAGAACAACGAUAGUCUGGUGAAGAAGGAAACUGAUAUUGACAUUUUAGGUUGUGAGGAACUUGUUUCUAAUGCUCUUAAACUCCCGCUUUUAUCAAGUUCACAGCAUGGUGAUGGUAUUCCUAUGAAUGGUACCUCUAGGGAAGUUGAUAUUUCUUCUAAAGAUGGGGUGACGGACAAAACCUGCUCUGGACCGAUAGAGAAGGAAAUUUUCAGGAGUUUGUUUGCUCAAGAUAUUGACAGGGUUGAGGAGUACGAUGAAGAUCUGCAUCCACUGGACAAGGUUUCGGAAAAUAAAAAUGCAAAUUUUGGGUUUGACAGUGCUGAUUUUCCACAGGAUGAUGCCCAAAAAGCAGAAAAAGUUCAAUUUGAGUCAAAUUUCUGUAAGGGGAUAAAGGCUUCUGAUGCUGAAGCGAAACAAUUGGAAGUUCAGAAAGAAGCAUACAGUAAUGAGGAAGGUGUGAAACUUACUCCUGGAAAGGAGCAUAUAUCUUCAGCAUCCAGGAAGAAAUCAAAAGAAGUUCAGAGUGUUUCAAAAGAUCAGUUAAUGCAUGAUUCUUCUUUGAUGCCUAAAAGUAGGAAGGGCUCUCUUGGUAACAAUCUUAUGUCUAAAAAUGAUUCACUUGAUUUCAAGAGGGACCAUGGAAAGCCUGGAGACAGAUAUAAGGACUUCUUUGGAGACCUAGAACUUGAAGAAGAAGAUAGUGAAUCGAUUUCAGGGGAAAUCCCUUCCUCGAGAAUUUUGAAGGACUCUCAGCUAAUUGAAAAGAGGAGCAUCAUUGAAUCUCACAAUGCAUCAAAGGAGAAAAGUGAUGUUAAAAGAAUAAAAAAGCCACCUUCCUAUUCUGAAAUGGCUUCGAGAAUGGCCCCUCAAACUGUAAGUGGGCCCACUUCUGAUGCUACCUCUGCAGGAGUGGAUCCUUUUGUCCAAGAAGAUUGGGUCCUGUGUGAUAGGUGUCAACGGUGGAGACUUCUUCCACUUGGUACAAAUCCUCAGAGUCUUCCUGAUAAAUGGCGUUGUAGGAUGCUCACCUGGCUGCCUGGAAUGAACCACUGUAGUAUCCCUGAGGACCAGACUACAAAGGCUUUACGUGCCCUCUACCAUCUUGCUCCUACUUCAGGUCCUGCCCCUGCUUCUGAGAGCCAACACAAUCCCCUUAAUUAUCCUGCUAGGACUUUGUUGGGAGUAUCAUCAGCUGAUGCUAAGUGUCUCGGUGAUGAACGACAAAAUAUUUGUUCUCAAGAUAGAGUCAAUGGGAAGAAAAAACACGGGUCAAUAGAUGUGAAAAAUUCAAAUGACUUAGAUGAUCCCACUCACGUUUCAGACUCGCAGAAAAAGGACGUUAAGGUACCAGGCAAAACUGGAGCGAACUACUCUCCUUCUGUUGAUGCAUAUCAGCAUUUGCGCCACUCUAGUAGUGUAGUUGUAGAGAAGCACAAGGAUGAUAAGAAAGAGAAAAAGUCAUCUCUAGAGGGCCAUUCUGAUAGAGGUACAAAUUCAAAGGUAAAGAACAAGAGAGAGUCUGAUUCAGAGAGCUUUAGAGUUUCUAAAAAAGUUAAGAGUGAGAAUGUACAUUUUGGUGAUGAAAAUUGGACCUCUGACAAUGGUGGAGACUCCUCAAAACCAGGUCAUAAUUCAAGUAGUGGUUUGUUAAUUAAUGCUGCAGGGACUGAUCGAAGAAAUUCCAGAUGUGAUGCGAAGAAAUCAGCUAAGAAUCUGGAAAUGGAAGCAGGGACUUCAGGUGAUGGUUUGCUGUGGAUGAGGGAAUAUGAUUGUCAAAAAUCUGUUACAAAGAGGAAAGAGCAUGAAUAUCUUGAUUUGCCUAGUGCAGAACAACAUUCCAAAGACCACGAGGGUUUUAUAGAAGAAACCCAUGAAAGUAAGCACAGUAAAGAAAAGAAAACAAGAAUAUCCAAGUCCGAGGGGAAAGACAAUAACAGAAGCAAAGGCAAUGUAGCACUGGACAAAAAUGGUAGGGGUAUGAAGGACCAACAAAUUGAAAAUGCUAUACAGCCCUCCGUUGCUGCCAACUCAAGCUCUUCAAAGGUUUCUGGGUCACGUAAAAACAAGCCCAGUGUCCAUGAAAUGAAAGGUUCCCCGGUUGAAUCAGUGUCUUCUUCCCCUUUUCGGUAUCCUGAUGCAGAUAAGUUUUCAUCAGCAGGAAGGAACCCUGUCCUCAAAGAUGAAUUCCAGGACUCUGGAAUUUUGACUACGGCUAGUCCAGGAAGGUUUUGGGGUGGUGAAGAUAAUGGGGGUGAUGAUCAAUCUGGAAUGGUGAUAAAGGAUUUAACUUUCAACGCCAUCCAUCACAGUUCACUAGAUUCCCAUGUUCUUGAAUAUUCGAAUAGGAAUUUGAGUAAACCGUAUCACGAUAAGGUCAAGGCAGAGAGUUUAGCUUGUCGUGAUUUUGGUACUGAACAUGUUACCAAUGACCAUUUUGAUUGCUUAGGCCAAGUUAAUGAAGAAUGCCAGGAUGAAGAAAGAACAAAUACUCAAAACUGUGGGCAUCAGACAAAGAAGUCUGGAAAGGGGUAUUCUUCGCGGUAUAAAGACAAGACUCAUAAUUCUAAAUCCAACAUUGAUAAAGGUAAGAACGAGAUUUCGGAUUCUUCCUUUGAAUCUGUAGGCCAUUUGCAUUGCUGUGAGAAAAAAUUGACGAGUGGAAGAAACAAGUUCGACGAAAAAUUUGUUACUCCUGACAAGGAGGACAAGAUAUUCAUUUCUAAGAAAGAUUUUGCUGAAGGAAUAUUAAGUGACAGUGGUAACGGAGAAAGUCAGUUAAAAUUUGGAGGCCGUAAUGGUUUGGAUGUUACAAAAGGCCACGAUAAAAUGUAUAAACUUCAGCGGGACCAUGGUGACGAAAAAUCAUCCAGAAAGCUUCUAUCAUGUACAAGCAACCGGGUUGGGGUUGAAUCCUCCAGUAGAGGAAAGUUACACUCACUACCACCCUUGGCAAGAGGCCAGGCUGAAACAGUACCAACUAUUUCUGGAUCAAAGAAAGAAAAUGGAGAAAACAUUUUGGUAAUUGAUAAAUUUGAAAAUUGUGAUGCAUUGAAGGCACAUAGUCAGGAUAAAAAAGCUGAGAAGAAUGGAAGCCAGUCCUUUAAUAUAAGACAUCCUACUCCAGAAGCGAAUAAGGGUCGGGAUCUUGAAGCCCCAAGUCCUAUUCGAAGGGAUUCCUCCAGUCAUGCUGCUACAAAUGCUUUAAAAGAGGCGAAGGCCCUUAAACACACCGCAGAUCGUCUCAAGAGUUCUGGAUCAACUGAAAGUACAGGCCUCUAUUUUCAAGCUUCCCUCAAGUUCCUCCAUGGAGCAUCUUUGUUAGAAUCUGUAAACAGUGAGAGCAAGCGUAAUGAGACAAUUCAGUCAACUCAAAUGUAUAGUAGCACGGCAAAGCUCUGCGAGUUCUGUGCUCGUGAAUAUGAAAAGUUGAAAGACAUGGGAGCUGCUUCUCUGGCCUAUAAAUGCAUGGAGGUCGCAUACAUGAAAGUAAUUUAUUCUUCACGUACUAGUGCAAGCAGGGAUCAGAAUGAGUUGCAAAAUGUUCUACAAAUUGUUCCACCUGGUGAAUCUCCUUCCUCUUCGGCUUCUGAUGUUGACAAUGUGAACAACCAAUCAACUGUAGACAAGGCUGCCUUUGCCAAAGGUGUUAGUUCUCCUCAAGUUGCUGGAAGCAAUGUUAUCACUCUAAGAAAUCGUUCUAGUUUUACGAGGCUACUUGACUAUGCACAGGACAUUAGUUUUGCUAUGGAAGCCUCCAGGAAAUCGAGAAUUGCUUUUGCUGCUGCCAAUCCAAGACUUGGAGAAACACAGCAUAGAGAGGGUAUCUCUUCUGUCAAAAAGGCACUUGAUUUUAAUUUCCAAGAUGUGGAUGGAUUAUUACGCCUUGUUCGGGUUGCCAUGGAAGCCAUCAGUCGUUAAACUACCUCUUACACUUCAAAAUAAGCCAAUCCACGGUCUCUCCCCUUUCUCCAUUUCCUAUUUGUUAUUGAAGGAAGAAAAUAGAAAAGGAUCUCUUAUUCACCAAAUUCUACAUUCUAGGAACUCAAUUAAAUUAGCACCAUUGUAUAUCUGUACAGUAAUGGCUUGUUUGGUGGGGGGGAUUUUGUAAGACUCUGGGCAGUAUGAGAGGAAACAAAAAAGCCUAAAAUAUUACCUGUUGUACUGUCGAGUCCAGAACUGUGUACUAUACACGUGUAUUCUUCAAUAUGGCUGCUUGUGGAUGAGAGUACUUGCCUGGAGUUUUUCAAGCACGGUUGAUAUUAUCCUUAAAAGGCUUCUGCAUGAUUUAAUGAUCUACCACAUAACCCAACUAACAAUGAUCACAAAAGUGAUGGGGAAACCUGAUCACUUGAGAUAGUGGAAUUCAAUACCUUCGUCUCCAUUAUUGUUGGGUUGUUGGUGGAGUUCGAACAAUUUUGCCCCCCAAAAAAAUACCUUUUCCUCUAAUCCCGACAGAAUCAAGGAGAAGUUCAUGCCAAGCUCUCAAAUAUAAAUUUGAUCCUAUUGACUCACUGAGUUCCAGCUCAAUCUAAGGCUGACACUGGACUUGCAGUCUCAGGUUUUGUCUUAGACUUCUCUCACAAUGGAGACAAUUAGCUUGCAUUGUUCAUAAUAAUAAGUAGAAAUAAGUUGCUAAAACGUGGAUGCAGAGCACAAAAUAAAUAAAUAAAAUGUUGUGUUUUAUUGACAUCAAGGGAAGGAUUGAGAUGAUCCCUUCAAAGGUGUGUUAUAUUUACUUUUUGUACAAAGUUGAUUUCUAAGCAAUUAAAGAUAGAAUUUCAUCUGUUGAAGUUCCUCUGGUUUAUGUUGUCAUUUCUGUAAAUAAAAAUUUCAUAUGAAUUUGAAAUUUCAUCAAGUACAGUUGACAGGUCAUUUGCUAAUUUUCUUCACUGAAUUCUUGAAAUAUGUAUCUGUUGAAUUGGGGAAAGCUUUGAAGUAAAAUGUUCAGCUAAUAUUGGAA